UCCUCGAUAAGAGUCUAGACAAACGCUUCCCAUUGUCCCAUUUGGAGAUGCUCUUGGCUGUUUAAUUAUACACUGCGGAAAUUUUCUCAAUGCCAACAACAUGGGGCCAGCUUAGAGGACGAGGCUGCCUGCACGGGCCAAUUGCAGCAUCUGACAAGCGACAGGCGUACGCUCCCAAGCUCCCGCCAUGGCCUCCACCGGCGAGCACACCGUGGCCCUGCUUGCCCGCCUUCCCGCCGAGGCGGCGGAGGCGUACACCACCGACGGGUCCCUUGAUUUCGACGGGAACCCGGCGCUCAAGAAUCGCACAGGUGGAUGGCCCGCGUGCCGCUCAAUUCUCGGUACCGAGUUCUGCUACUGCCUGGCGUUCCACGGCAUCUCCUUCAACCUCGUCACGUACCUCACCGGCGUCCUGGGCCAGAGCAACGUCGCUGCGGCGAGGAACGUGUCCACCUGGCAGGCCACCUGCUUCCUCAUGCCUCUCGGCGGCGCCGUCGUCGCAGACUCCUACUGCGGAAGGUACCGCACCAUGGUCGUCUCCUGCUUCAUCGGCGUCGCAGGCAUGCUGAUGACAGCUCUCUCAGCGUACCUGCCGCUGCUCGUCAAGAACAUCGUGUCGUCCAACAUUGUGUCGUCUCAGGAAUUCGUCUUGUUUCUCGGCCUCUACAUGAUCGCCGUUGGGUUGGGCGGCCUCCGGCCGUGCCUCAUGUCCUUCGGCGCCGACCAGUUCGACGACGGCGAUCCGUCGGAGCGCGCCACCAAGGGCUCCUUCUUCAACUGGGACGUAUUCAACAUGAACUGCGCGUCGCUCAUAUCCAGCACGGGCAUCGUGUGGGUGCAGGAUCACUAUGGCUGGGCUCUGGGCCUGACCAUCCCAGCGGUCGUCCUGGCCGCCGGACUAUCUUGUCUGGUGGCGACGUCGCGGACGUACAGGUUUCAGCGAACUCGCGGCAGCCCGCUCACCAGAGUGUGCCAGGUCGUCGUCGCUGCCGUGAGGAAGUUCAGCGUCGACACGCCGGCCGAUAGCUCUCUGCUCUACGACAUGCCGGAGGACCACCUCGCCGGAGUUCCGAGGAUCGAGCACACCACUGAUCUCCGAUUCUUCGACAAGGCCGCCAUUCUUGUGGCUUCCGACAAGGAGGUGGAGGCGGCAGCCGCGCCAGCGCGGACCAGCCCGUGGAGACUCUGCGUCGUUACGCAGGUCGAGGAGUUCAAGAUUCUCGUGCGGAUGCUGCCGCUCUGGGCGACCGUCGUCUUCUUCUAUGCCGUGUCGGCGCAGGUCACGUCGACGUUCGUCGAGCAAGGCAUGGCGAUGGACGCCACCGUCGGCUCCGUGCGCGUCCCGCCGGCAUCCAUGUCCACCUUCGAUAUACUCACCAUCAUCCUCCUGGUCCCGCUCUACGACCGGGCUUUCGUUCCGGCUGCCAGGAGGCUCACCGGGAGGGAGAAGGGCAUCUCGGAGCUGCAGAGGAUCGGCGCCGGACUCGCCAUGCCCGUGCUCGCCAUGGCCGCCGCGGCGCUUCUAGAGACGGCGCGCCUCCGUGCGGCGCCAAACUCGACGAGCGUGCUGUGGCAGGCGCCGCAGUACACGCUGGUUGGCGUGGGCGAGCUGCUCACUACCAUCGGGCAGCUCGACUUCUUCUACGGCCAGGCGCCGCCCGCCAUGAAGACCGUGUGCACUGCGCUCGGGCUCCUUGCAAUAGCGGCCGGCGGCUACCUGAGCUCGUUCCUACUGACGACCGUGCAGUGGGCCACUACGACCGGCGGCGCGCCGGGGUGGAUCCCCGACGACCUGAACGAGGGUCAUCUGGAUCGCUUCUUCUGGAUGAUGGCCGGACUUGGUUGCCUCAAUCUGAUCGCGUUCGGGAGCUGCGCCAGGAGGUACAAAUCCAGGAAGGGUUGCUGAUUUUUCAGUUGCUUCACCAUGCGCACAUUUCUUUUUACAGCCUACGGUGUAUGAUGCACUCAAGACAAUGCACACGAUUCAUCAGCAAUAGAGAAAUGCCUCAAAAAAUAUCAGCAAUAGUGAACCACUUCAAGAAUGUGAACUGGGUUCACUUGUGUUGUGUGGAGGGUCGAUGUUCAACCCCGCUAAAAGUCGAUAAAAUAUAUGAGCUUUUUGCUCAACACAUUUUUUUUUGAAGAAAGGGUGAAUUUUAUUGAUUUA